AUGGGCGGCUUCGUUCUCGAGACCAUUCUGCUGCUCCUCACGCCCCUGGCCGCCGCAAGCGAGCCCGAGGCCGACGCCCACCAUGACGCCGUCCACGGCAAGGUCGAGAUGGCGUACGGAGGAGCGGGCCUCGCGGCCACCUUCAUGAACAGCUCCUCGGCCGGGUCCGGGGACCUGCGGGCACGCGAUGUGCUCCUACGCGGUCGGCAGCAAUGCCAAUCAGGUUCGAAUUACUGCGCGGACUUUGGCAAAUGCUGCGACGAGACCACUUCCUGCUGCCAGCACGGCUACUGCCUCAAGAAGGGCGCCGCCUGUUGUCCGAGCGGUGCCUGUCCGGCCGGCUCCCAAUGCUGCGGAGACUCGCACUGCUAUCCGGACGGGGGAGACUGCUGCCCCGACGGGACCAACUGCGAGGCCGGCAACCGCUGCUACACGAUCCCUUCGGCCGGAGGGAAGCCCAUGUGCUGCACCGACGAGACGUGCACGGCACACGUCUCGAACGGCACCACCUUUCUCGGUUCCACCAAAACGCUGACACCGACGCAAAAGUCGAGGAUGGUGCCCAAGACGACAUCGUCGGCGCUCAUCACCGGCGAUGCGGCGACCACUCGAGCCGAGAGCACGCCGGCCGCUAAAACCCCCGAGCCCGCCUCCGCUUCGCCCCCCUCCACCACCACCAAUAACACCACCAUCACCACCGCCACCACCACCUCCUCCUCCUCCUCCUCCGAGCCGACCUCGGCGGAGCCCGAUUCGGAAUCGACCUCGGCGGCCGUCGAGGAAGCUGCGACGCCCUCUGCGUUGGCCUCGGUCUCGGCAUCCGUGACGUCGCCCAAGGAUCGGUCGACGGCGACGCCCAAAGCCAAAGCCAAAGCCAAGGAAAACGACGGCGGCAUGAGCAUGGGGACCAUCGUCGGGGCCAUCGUCGGCGGUGUCGCGGUGCUCGUCGCCGUCGUCGCCAUCAUCGUCGCACUCUGUCUCCGCAGACGAUCGAAGAGGAAGAAGGAGGCCGAGGGGCAGAGCGCGGACACGAAGUCGGCCAUGAGCUCCGUCUCGCAGGGGCUUCGGCCUGACUCGGUCGGCAGCAACAGCUUCCUCGAUCACGACCUAAACCUGCCCCAGCUGGAGAGCUUCUACACCGGCAGACCACCGGCGCCGAACGCGUACGCGACGACGCGAGAAGGGUCCGUCUGGAGCGAAUCAGGCGUCUCGGCCGUCCUCACCUCGCGCUCGGUGUCGCCGAUGCCUGGUGCUCGCACGCAGCCGCCGAAAGUCCGAACGUACCCGCUGAGACAGCUGCCGUACAUUCCCGGACCCGAGUUCAUGUCCCUCAGCGACCUCACUCGAAUGGAAUUCUAG